AUGUCAUCGCACUGGGAACCUCCGCGAAACUACCGCAGCCGCUCUGUUGCUAUCCUUGGCGCAGGUGUACUCGGCCGCCGAGUAGGAUGUAUCUGGGCUUCAGCCGGCUUCGACGUUAAGAUUCGAGACCCCAGUGCGCAACAGCGAGUAGACGGAAUUGCAUACAUUGAAGAAAAUGUUCAAUCAUACUCGGCCAAAACCAACCAAGUCCCUGGAUCGUUCGAAGCUGUCGAAGAUAUGAAACAAGCCGUUGAAAAUGCUUGGCUUGUCAUUGAAGCUGUUCCCGAGAAGCUCGACCUCAAGAUCGCUACUUUUGCUGAACUGGAGGCCCUCACUCCGGAGGACUGCAUCCUAGCUUCCAAUUCAUCCUCAUACAAGUCUUCCGAGAUGAUCAGUCAGGUCUCGGAUUCCACUAAGACCCGCAUUCUGAACAUGCACUAUUAUAUGCCGCCGGCGUGUAUGAUCGUGGAGCUUAUGACUGAUGGAUACACUUCCCCGGAGAUAUUCCCAUUCAUGACUGAGCGAUGCAAGGAAGCUGCCACAGAUCCAUAUGUCGUAAGAAAAGAGUCCACUGGAUUCAUCUUCAAUCGGUUGUGGGCUGCUGUAAAGCGGGAGGUCCUGACUAUCCUGGCUGAGGGUGUUUCGGUUCCCGAAGAGAUUGAUUCGAUGUGGCUUGAACUGUUUGUUAAAGGAAGAACUCCUCCCUGCCGGACAAUGGACAUUGUUGGCCUAGACACCGUUGCCUUCAUUGAAGGUCAUUACGUGAAUGAACGUGGGCUCUCUCCCGAAAAGACCGUCAACUUUUUGAAGAGCAAUUACCUGGACCAUGGAAAGCUGGGAACAAAGUGCUCAAAAGGUGGCCUAUAUCCUGCCAACGACUCAACUCUUGUCAAGGUCGAUUCGAAGAAGCCCGAAAUUUUGGUGUUGGACCUCGGACUGUCAGGUGUCACACCCAGCGUGACAUCAGGAGAGAUCCUCCGGGUUUCCGCAGACGGCAAAGCACAGAAAUCAAUUAUUAAAGGCCAAUCAUUGCCGGAUGGACUCGCUGUGGAUUCGAGUUCUGGCCGCAUGUUCUGGACUUGCAUGGGCAUUCCAGGACAGCCCGACGGGGCCGUUUACUCCGCCAACGUGGAUGGAACCGACAUCGAAACAGUUGUUGCCCCAGGCAAUCUGAAUACCCCAAAGCAACUGGCUAUUGAUUCCGUGGCGCAAACCGUGUACUUUUGUGACCGCGAAGGAUGCCGAGUCUACCGUUGUGCCUUCGACGGCUCCGAUCUAGAGGUUUUGAUUGACAACACUGGGCGUGACUUGACCCCAGCGGAACGUGUCUCCGACUGGUGUGUGGGGGUCGCUGUGAACCCAAGUCAAGGUAAAUUCUAUUGGACCCAGAAAGGACCCUCGAAGGGUGGUGAAGGCCGGAUCUUCUGUGCCAAUAUCACAACGCCUGGAGGUCAGUCAGCAGAUGCUCGAGGUGAUGUCCAGUGCGUUCUGGCUGAUCUUCCUGAGCCAAUUGAUCUUGAGGUGGAAGAAGCUUCUCGCACACUUUACUGGACGGAUCGUGGUGAAAUCCCGUUCGGCAACUCGCUGAACAGAGCGAAAUUGGGUGAAGAUGGUCUUCCUUUAUCAACCAGUUCCCCUAGAGGAUACGAAAUUCUCACCAGGGGUCUAAAUGAGGCAAUUGGUCUGAAAUUGGAUUCCAUCAAUUCUCAUGUCUAUUUCACCGAUCUGGGCGGUUCUAUCUACCGAUGCGAGCUGGAUGGCAACCACAAGGAGAAGGUUUUCUUCGAGGACCACCGGGCCUUUACUGGAAUUACUCUCCUGUAG